CUUACAGUCUAUGGUCCUUGCUGGUUCUACUUCUGAGCAUGUGUAUAUGUGCCGCUUAGCUGUUAGCAUUGAGAGAUGGCCGCAGAAAAGCAAAACGACGCUAAAUUGUCCUCCAUGGAUGAAAAUAAAGAAAAUUCACCGGAUGGAGGACUAGGACUGGAAAUUUUGCAAAUAAUCAAGGAGUCCCAGCAGCAGCAUGGCCUCAGGCACGGAGACUACCAGAGAUACAGGGGUUACUGCUCCCGCAGACUGCGUCGCCUGCGCAAGACUCUUGGCUUCAGGAUGGGCAACCGACAUAAAUUCAUUGGGAAGAAAAUAACUGUUGAAAUGCUUUCUGACAGCAGGUAUCUAUUGUUGGUUUUGAUGGAGGCAGAGCGCGCAUGGAGUUACGCCAUGCAGCUGAAGCAGGAGGCCAACACAGAGCCACGUAAGCGCUUCCACCUGCUUGCAAGACUACGCAAGGCUGCCAAGCACAGCGAAAAGUUGGAGAAGCUCUGUGAGAGCCCCCGUGUUGACGCCAAGACCAAACUUGAGGCACAGGCCUACACUGCAUACCUGACUGGUAUGGUGGAGUUUGAACUGCAGGAGUGGAAGCUUGCCAUGGAAGCCUUCAACAAGUGCAAGACCAUCUAUGAAAAGCUUGCCAGUGCUUUCACUGAGGAGCUGGCAGUUCUGUAUCGCCAGCGUGUGGACGAGAUAUCACCCAACAUCCGCUACUGUGCUUACAACAUUGGUGACCAGAACGCCAUCAAUGACUUGAUGCAGAUGAGACUGACUGGUGGUGGAGGAGGCAUGAUGGCUGAGAAACUAGAGGCUCUGAUCACUCAGGCCAGAACCAAGCAGGCAGCCACCAUGAGUGAGGUAGAGUGGCGAGGGCGGUCGGUGCCUGUCAAGAUCGAUAAGGCCCGCAUAUUCCUGUUGGGUCUGGCAGACAAUGAGGCCGCUAUCGCUCAGACAGCUAACGAGGAGACCAAAGAACAUCUGUAUGAGACCCUGCUGGCCGAGUGCAGAGACACCAUCCAGGCUGUGAGAGAGGAACUCAAGAGUGAGGCGAAGCAGCGAGAGAGGAGCUCUGAUGCUGACAGCAGCAAGGUGUCCAACCUGCAGUUCCUGCACAGUUACCUGACCUACAUUAAGCUGUGUACGUUGGUGAAGAGGAAUGAGAGCAUGGCCCAUACUCUGCAGGCUAAACUGAAGGAACCCGAAGCCGACGAGAACAAGCGAGGGCCCCGUCCGCAGGAUCUCAUACGCCUCUACGACAUCAUCCUGCAGAGUCUGGCUGAGCUUGCCACCCUGCAGGGCCUGGAGGAUGACCACACCUUCCAGAAGGAGGUUUCCCUCAAGACGCUCGUCUACAAGGCCUACAGGUGUUUCUUCAUCGCCCAGUCUUAUGUGCUGGUGAAGAAGUGGAGUGAGGCACUGGUGCUGUAUGAGAGGGUGCUGAAAUACGCCAAGGAGGUCCAGUCUAAGGCCAAGAGCCUCAACAACACCCUGAAGGAUCUCCCUGAUGUCCAGGAGCUCAUUGCUGAGGUCAACGCUGAAAAAUACUCCCUUCAAGCUGCUGCUAUUUUAGAUACUGAUGAGACUGCUGAAGUUCCCUCUCAGCAGCAGGUCAAAGACAACACGCCCCUUUGCAAGCGCCUGGAGACCUUCCGCCUUGAUCCCGCCCUGGUAGGAAAGCAGCCCAAUUUGGUCCAGUUUCCUCCCGACUUCCAGCCAAUCCCCUGCAAGCCCCUGUUCUUUGACCUUGCUCUCAACCAUGUGGCCUUCCCGCCCCUGGAUGACAAGGUGGAGCAGAAGGGCAAGGGCGGUCUAACAGGCUACAUCAAGGGCAUCUUUGGCUUUGGCAGCUAAAUCAAUCCCCCAGGCUUUGGUUUCAACAGGAGAGCCACAAGUUCAUGAGUUUACCAAAACCAACCAGACUUGGGUCAGUUGUUACUUAGAAUCAUUUAAAAUUACUUUUAUGUUUGACUUUUAGUGCCUAAAGUGCAAGAUAGGUGGAGUUUGCAGUUGUGAGGAAGGCAGAGUAAGUCUAGUCUUCCAAGAAAGAUUAUAGAAAAGUAACUGAAUCAAUUUCCAAUAGCAAUAUGACCCAAGUCAACCAGCCCCCUCUAGUAAUAACAUCAGGCUGCAUGGGUUCCUAGAUUACAGGCUGCCUCCUCAAAUUGAGUUAUGGAGGUGUCUGUGAAUAUUAGGUUACAGGUUACCAUCCCAUGGUCUUUAAGUACAGCCAAGUUGUUAAUCUCAUAAUCCUGUCAGAGUAAACUAAUCCAUCAAUAGUAGUUCUUCUUUUUUCACUCAUGUAAGCGCCUUCAUGUAAUUACGUAUUAGUUUUUUCUUUAUGUGAGAUGUUUCUUAAACAUAAAAUUUACAAAGUGCAGUUUUGUUAUGGCAGUGACUUUGACUUAAAACAAAGUAGUGCUCAUCAAAUGCCAUCUAUAUUCUGUGUAGUUCAACAAACUGAAGCCGUUCUUAUCAAUCAUUAUAGUUUCAGAAGACCAGCGCUGUCCCAUUUCUUUCCUCCACCUUUGCUCUGGUCUCUCCUGCUUGUGAUUGUGCAUUAAGAAGCCAGUUUUUGAUUUAAAACUUCACCCCAUAUACUGACAAAGUCAAUUAUUUGGUUAAAAGCCAUGAAUCAAAGUGUGAAAUGUUUUUCUUUAAAAAAAAAAAAAUGCUGGAUGGUUCAGUGUUUUAAUUUGUCAACUUCACCAGUCAUACUGUAUAUGUUGUCCUGUAUGACAUUUGGCAUUAAACUUACCAUCAUUUUAGAGAAGGGUCCAACUGCUUCAGCUUGUCUAUGAAAGCGCAAGCAGCAAUUUCUAACACCUCCCAGUGUCUCGGGUUUUCAAGGCACGUUUUCUACAAAGGGGCCUGUUGGCUGAUGAUCUCAUAGUACCAGUGCAGCAUUUCACACUGUAAUUAAUUUGUGUAAUGUUUUUAUUUUGACAAUUUUAUUUGCAUUUCAGCAAAAUCAAUGUUGUAGGACAGCAGUCGACAUUAAGAAUGGAGGGAGUUUUUAGCGGCCUUUUUUUUUUUCAUCACACUACACUUCCCGUUUGUCCUCAUGAGUAGGACUUAAAUGUCUAUGGCUAUACUGUAACUAUAAAAACAUUUUGUCAUCUGUUUGCCAGUCAAAAUGUUCACAUCAAAGCCACACAUUUCCUCUGAUCCUUCAGAGACCUGGUUUGCCUGUGAUACCUGGUUAAACACUAGCUAGAGGAUUGGUUCAGUGUCAUUUUCCCACUUGAACAUUUUUCUGUUUUGCAUACAAAUUUUUAUCAAUUUCUUUUUUGUUUUUCUCCCCUUUUAAUGUUUUAUUUUAAAGAAUUAAGAUUGACGUGCUGGAAUAGUUCCAGCACUGUACCUCGAUUGGCCUGAAAAGAAACAGGUAGUCACGAUCAAUAGUUGUUGGAAACAUAACUGGAAAGAGAAAUGAAAUGGGAAUGUAUGAUUUGAUUUAAUUUCCAGGCCUAUUAUUAAAAUAUAUUUGCACCAAA